AUGGAAAUAUCUAAUAAAGUAUUUUUCAUAACGGGGGCGGCUCAAGGCCUUGGAAAGGGGAUGGCAGAAGCGGCACUGAAAAGGGGCGGAAAGGUUUUUAUUGCAGAUCUCAAUACAAAAACCGGCGAGGAGACCUUAGCAGCCCUACAAAAGGAAUACGGAGCUGACAAUGUCAGAUUUGGAAAAUGCGACGUUAGCAAUAAAGAUCAAUUUACAGCUACCUUUCAGUCGGCUGUGAAUAGUUUUGGUCACAUUGACGUGAUGGUGAAUAACGCAGGAAUAAUGAAUGAGAAUAUGUGGGAAAUGACGAUAGCGAUCAAUUUGAAUGCAGUUAUUUGGGGAACUAAUUUGGCCAUGGAACACAUGCGUAAGGAUAAAGGAGGUAGAGGAGGGGUGAUAAUAAAUACGGCUUCACUAGCAGGUUUGGCACCAUUUUUCUGGUUUCCAGUCUACACAGCUACAAAACAUGCGGUAGUUGGAUUUACUAAAAGCUGGGCGUCAAAUCCAAAUAUACCCAGCAUGGGAGUGAGGUUAGCCUGUGUGUGUCCAUCCUUCGCAAACACACCUAUUAUACGUCCAAAACCAGAGCAUUGCCAUUGCUACGAUAGUCUAAUGGCCUAUCUCGAGAUUUGUGAAAUCAUUCCAGUGACUGAUGUAGGUGAUGUCUUCAUCAAACUGGUUCAGGACGAGGACAGCAAUGGGAAGCUGAUAGCCAUCAUGCCAGGAUCAGAUUCGUUUUAUACGGAACAGGUGCUUGAUCCGCCGCUUGUGAUGCCCAAGCUUGUUACGAGUCAAGAUGCCGAAAAAUAGACCAAAGUGGCCUGGGUGGUGUGUUGGUUAAGCCAUCGACCUAAAACUGAUAGAUAGUCUACAGUCCUUCCCAUAGGGAAUGCCUUUUUUAUAAUAUGGGAUAUACUAUAGGUUCAUAUCCCAGUAGUGGCUCAGUGUCCACCCCACAGACUUCUUUCUCACUAACCACGAACAAAUAAACAUUGACUCAGGCCCAUCACCUGGGCAGCUAUCUCACUACAGCGUGCUUGAACCUUAAUUCGAUUUAAUUAGGAAAUCAAGUCAAUAUAGGCAACGAAUGAAAGAAAGUCUAGGUCAUCAAUUAGACGCAUAAUUAUUUCUAUUUGAAAACCUGUCUACCUAUUUGUUCUCAUGUUGAUAAAAUCAUUUGAGUUCAAUGCCUCCCAGUCACGCAUUGUUCUCUCCACCUUAUACAUUGACCUGCCUUAUAAUUCUAACAGGACUUACUAUUGUCACUGGUGGAGGUACCCCCCCCCCCCCCCCCGACCAUGCCAGUAUCAAUCUCCGGGACGAUAUCUCCUUCCUAAUUCGUCUUUAAGUUAUACUGCAUCAAAGCAGAAAGCUCCAUGUCAAAGUUCAAAUAUUUACGGAGUAAAAUCAGCUGCGGCACUGAUUGGUAGUAAUAUAUAUCAUUGAUUAUUUAUGCAAAUACUAUUAUUCAAAAAAUAAAUACACUUUUAUUUAUUGCCGGUAUAUAAAAAUUAGGGUUGCUAAUAAUGACCCUAACCCUAACCCUAACCCUAACCCUGUUCGUCAAUCUCUUAAAUGGUAUGUGACUCCCAUUUUCUUGCAGGUAGAUUAAAUUUGAGGUGCAACACUUUUUAUUUAUGUAUAGUACUGCCAGGGUGUGUUGAUAUGCUGCUCAUAACUGUUGUAUGCAUGGUAAACGUUAACAUUAUUGGCUUUAGGAAUAUAUUUGGUACUGUGGAACCUGUAUGACUAGCUAGCGCUACAUCCAAGACAGGCUAGGUUUUAUUAAUUUAAACUACAAAGCCAAAUUUCUGUACAGAACAUAGUUCAAUGGAUAUUUUGAAAGUUGUAAUGGCAUGCACUGUCAAAACUGUAAUUAAUGAUACCAUGCAAGAAUAAAUUCAACGAAUAAAUUAUCAAUUUAUUAUUUUAAUACUAACAGAAAGGAAAGGAAGUUAACAAAUAUUAUUUAAUCAUUGUAGGAGUUACCAAUGAUACUUUUUGUUAUGUUUAGUAAAAUUAUAUUGGCAAAUUUGUAACAAUUUCGAAAACGUAAACAUUAUAAGUUCAGUUAAUAAACAUAUACAAAUCUU